AUGGAUGCAGGGGAUGAUGGGCGCAUUCGAACAGUGAGGGGUGUCCAACUCCUUAGGCCCAGACAGUCCAACAUUUCGGGCUUCGAGCCCCUUAUUAGAGAUGGGCCAGGAUUGAGUGAGUACAGGCCUUAUGGCCUGCAGAAGUGGGCCAACAUGGGAUCUUGUGGUUCUUUCAUUGGUGGACCGCGGAUUGGAUUAUCAAGGAGAAAAGCAACAAGAGCUGCUUAA